CAGCCACUAGCCAGUACGAUUGGGCGACGACCGACCGAGGUGGUGUUUUGCUUUACCAAGACCGCGCCGGACGGAAUCGUUUUACAUCUAUCGCACACAAAAUAAGAGUACUCAAUCGGCGGUCCGUAUUUAGUACCUAAUACCUACCGUACUCAUUCUUGCAGGUUACUCAUUCUUUACAACUGGACGUCAGUGGUGGUAUCGCAGCGGAUCGACAGUAAACGUCGUCGUCGUUGUAGCUCAAGCAAAAAUAUAAAAAAAACUACCUCAUAAAAAAUUCAACCAUGCCUGCACCAACAAAAUCAAAUGCAGCAAUGUCACCAGACGGUGGAGCACCACAGCCAGCUGUACCAAAAACUGAACUUCAAGAGCUGCAAAUGAAAGCCGGAGAAGUAACAGAUGAAUCACUUGAAAGUACCAGAAGAAUGUUGGCUCUAUGUGAAGAGAGCAAGGAGGCUGGAAUAAGGACAUUAGUUGCACUCGAUGACCAGGGAGAACAAUUGGACAGGAUUGAAGAAGGCAUGGAUCAGAUUAAUGCUGACAUGAAAGAGGCAGAAAAGAACCUUACUGGCAUGGAAAAAUGUUGUGGAAUUUGUGUGCUGCCUUGUAACAAGUCAGCUUCAUUUAAAGAAGAUGAAGGUACGUGGCGAGGUAAUGAUGAUGGUAAAGUGGUCAACAACCAACCACAGCGUGUAAUGGAUGAACGUAAUGGAAUGGGUGCCCAAGGAGGUUAUAUAGCAAAAAUUACAAAUGAUGCACGGGAAAAUGAAAUGGAAGAAAAUAUGGGUCAAGUUAAUACUAUGAUUGGAAAUCUUCGUAACAUGGCACUGGAUAUGGGAAGCGAAUUGGAGAAUCAGAAUAGACAAGUUUCACGAAUAAACAUGAAGGCUGGAUCUAAUGAAACAAGAAUUUCAGUGGCGAACCAACGAGCACAUGAACUGCUCAAGUAAUUUAAUAUGAAAAUAUGGCUAGGACAACUGCUAUUAUACUACUACAGCUAUUUGUUUUAAUUUAUU